UGUAGCAAAUAAAGUGAAAAACUUGCAGAAUUAUGUACGAAAUAAUAAUUAUAAAACAGUAAAAAUGUUCCUUUGCCUUAAGUUAGAUUAAUAUAAUGGUUAUUAUUCCUUUUAAAAAUACAAAAAUACAGUGAUUAUGCUUAAUUUGCAGGCAAAAUAAUUCGUUAUCUGUUGCAGUAAUUUGUGUUAAAUGAAAAGUGUAUAUAGUAUAUAGAAAUGGACGAGAGGCGUGUAGCAGAGUACUUCGUCGUAGCCGGGCUGCCAGAGGUGCCCGAAGUUCUCGAUGAUUCUGACUCAGGCCAUCUGAAAGGAUACAGUACAAAGGCGCCCAUCACUGAUAUAAGUGUAAUAUUCCCCGGCUUAGGGGAAAGAGUUCCAGAUGGGUACGAAAUGUUGGAGCUGACGCCUACCGGACUGCCUGCGAACUUGAAUCAUGGAUCGAUGCGGUCGCCGGAAUGCUACCUGUGCAUUCGAAGAGGAAGGGAUCGACCUCCGUUAGUGGAUUUAGGCGUAAUGUACGAAGGCAGAGAACGUUUAAUGGCGGACGCGGAAAUGGUCCUGCUAUCUGUGGGCGACCGUCUCGCCAACGUGAACAAUUCCACCGCUAAGUCGUUCAUAACGUAUAGACGGGCGCAUCCAACGGCGCCGUGCAACGCAUUGGUCGUGGUAGACGUGUGUGUGAUAGUUACGAGUCGGGGAGAGACGCAGCCGCAUGCCUUCUGUAUGAUCGGGAAGAAUCUGAAUAAAGGUUUAAUAGGGAGCGAUGUGUUCCUCUGUUACAAAAAGUCAAUGAACCGUCCGCCGCUAAUAGCUUACAAACCAGAAGUACUAUUUAGGUAUCCCACUACAGAGCGCCGUAGUUUAGCGUUUCCAACGUCAGUGCCUCUAUUUUGCUUACCUAUGGGGGCGACAUUGGAACUGUGGCCAAACAAUGCCGCCUCGCCGAAGCCUGUGUUCUCUACAUUUGUCCUGACUGUUGCCGAUGCUACUGAUAAGGUAUACGGAUCGGCUGUAACGUUCUACGAAAGCUAUCCUCAUACGCCACUCAACGAGUCACAAAUGGAGCAACUGGGUUGGCGAGCCGGCGUAUCACACAGUACGCACUCGUUACACGCGAACAAAUGUAUUUGUUUAUUAUCAAGGUGGCCUUUUAGCGAUACUUUUGAACGGUGGCUCUUGUAUAUUUUGGAAAUGUCAUGGAGCAAAGAACCUUUAAGUAUACCUAUCGAGCGAUAUAUAACGCAUUUGUUAGAAGAAGUGCCAUUUCCCGACCCGAGAAUAUUAUUACAGUUAUCGCCAACCAAUGCGCACGGACGCGUCAUAGUGACGCGGCGCGACGACCAGCCGUUAGUACGCAGUGGGGCGGGCUUUAGACAGUUACUGUUGAACCUUGGACCAGAGAACUGUUUACUGUUACUAGCCUUAGCGAUCACUGAACAGAAAAUACUUAUACAUUCACUCAGGCCAGACACAUUGACGGCUGUCUCCGAGGCAGUUUCUAGUUUAUUAUUUCCAUUCAAAUGGCAAUGUCCGUACAUACCUCUAUGUCCUUUAGGUCUUGCGGAAGUACUACACGCGCCUUUACCGUAUUUAAUAGGCGUGGACUCUAGGUUCUUUGACUUGUACGAACCGCCGCCGGACGUGACGUGUGUCGAUUUAGAUACCAACAACAUUACAAUAUGCGAAUCACAGAGGCAUAUAUCAAUAAAGCUGUUGCCUAAGAGACAAGUGCGGCUAUUAAGACAAACAUUGGAACAAUUAUUUGCCAACAUACGACCUGGUAUGUUAGCAUCUCCUGUGCAUUCUUCACAUGACAACAAAUAUAACGGCGAACCUACAACCAGUUUAGAUAGGGAUUUCCAGAAAAGGAAAAAGGAGCAAGCGCUAGAACUGAAAAUCCAAGAAGCAUUCUUGAGAUUUAUGGCUCAGACUCUACAAGGUUACCGGAGUUACCUUAUACCAAUAACAAAAGCUCCUACAGUUGGCACUACAGAUCCACACGCGUUGUUUCACAUGGACGCGUUUCUUCGCUCUAGAGCCGAUAAGACCGAACAACGCUUCUUCACACUAAUAAUGCGAACGCAAAUGUUUACGCGUUUCAUAGAAGAACGCUCGUUCGUCUGCGACAAUGACCAGGGCCUUACCUUUUUUGACGAGUGCAUAGAACGAGUGGCGAGCAAAGAUGCGAGUGCGUAUGAGCCGUUACUUGGAUUGGACAAUUCUAACACGUCGGAACGCACCGUGUUCGUACCACCACCUGAUCCGGAUCCGGACGAAAAAUACACGUACGAAAAGUUCAUUUUAGACGAAGGCCUAGUUGACCGGUGUCGACAAAGUACGCGAGGAGGCGCGCUUCAAGCUUUGCCAGCUACUGCUCUUGCCUCGGCCGAAUCUUUAGCCGACGCUUCACCUAUGGCGAGACGUACUAAAAACGAGAUUUCUGCGGCGCAAAGACUCGCACGUAAAGCAAGCUUAUUACCGGAAGAGUGGGCUAAAUGCCUUCUGGGUGCUUGCUACUCGCUAUACUUCCUGGCGCUACCGUGCCGCCUGCUGCUGUGUCGAGGAAGGGAACAUGCCACCCUCAGAGAUGCCUUCGAGUUGUUGGAGCGUGCUACUAAACUUCGCGUGCCUUGUGACGAGGUGUGCUAUAGAGUAAUGAUGCAACUCUGCGGCAUACACUCGCUGCCAGUGUUGGCAGUACAGCUUCUGUUCCUCAUGAAACGCGCUGGAUUGCAACCCAACGCUCUCACGUACGGCUACUAUAACCGAUGUGUGCUAGAAGCUGAUUGGCCGAAGGAUAUGUCCAGUGGAUCGCAAUUGCUAUGGAAUAAGCUACGGAUUGCAGUAAUGGGCGCGGCGCUGUUCCGAAAAGCUGGCGCGCAAAGGGCCGUACGGUCCGCCGGAACUACAGGCAGUACUGGCACACUCCCCCGUGUGCGUACGGUAGGAGGUGAAGGUGCGGAUUUAGCGGCGUUGGCUCUCGUUGAACCUGCACGGAGCAGAUCUAGUUUAGACUCCUCUUGUGAAGGAACGAGCGCUAGUGCGAGCGCAUUUGAGGCACUGUGCCGUCGCGGGAACAUCGUGCGGGCUAACACAACUCAUCCGCGUGCGCAUAAACUCUCACACGCUGCUGGAAUACUUAUUUCAGGUUUACCAUCAAACCCUGAUCUCACUGGAACAUCUCGACCAAGAAGUAAUUCGUUGGGGAGCGAAGAACCUGAACCCAUAACGAUUGCAGAAAAGAGACAGACAAUCCACGUGAGUCCAGAAAGUCCGUCCGAUCUCCGAAUUUUAACGCGAUCGAAGAGUUUUGCUGGCGAUGCACAGAUCGUACAAAACUUGCAAAGGCUAUCGUUUUCCAGUGGGACUUCAAACGCUAAGACUCGAUGCUCGAGGACACUCAGUUUUCCCGAGGAGCCAGAAAAGGAAGCAGCAGCUAUGGAAAACUUCGAUCCAACCUCAAAAUCGUCACCUCUGAAGUUGUCGCCCCGAACGCCAGUUCUAGCUGACGAUCCUCUCGGAGCUCUUAGUCUAGUUGAGCCUCAGGAAGAAUCGAAGCCCCCCGAACAAGAUGAACCUCUGCUCCCCAAACACGAGCUGAGCGUCAGCCCGAAACUAUUCCAUCGAAGGAGCAACUCUUUCCAGGAUGAACCAACUGAGGAACAGCCCGGGAAACUUCAUAGAAGCGAGACGGCACCAGCGACCGUCUCAUCCAGCCUUGCCAGCCUCGGAAACACGCUCAAGAUCAGCUUCGGACGCUAUUCGCCCGGCAGACUGUCGUUUCGCAAGGAAAACAUGAAAAUCGGAAAAGCGAUGAUCGAGAACUACUUCAGCCCUUCAAGCAUAGCCGGCAAGAAGUCGAACGAACUCCUACAAAGUGGUCUAAGCAGCCUCAAGUCUGCAGCAACUAGUAUGGUGAAGAAGUUUGAUGAAAUGAAAGAGGUUAUAUCUGCGAACUCUACGCCAGUCAAAGGAGCGAUUGGAAACGCUACGAGUGCCUUAACCAGCUUCAUGACUGAAGAUGAAACCUGUGAAGCUUCGUCGGAGUAUAAUCCAGAUGAUUGGUCAACCGGUACUGGCUUUAGACGCGCGUCUAGUGACGCUGAAUUAGCGUCAUCCACGGAGCGCGGAUCACUCUCGACUCUGUGGUCGCAUCUUCCGGAUAAUCUCUACCCAGCGCUGAAUGGGAACGUGAAAGCCGAGAACUUAUCCGUCGAUGUGCACAUUACUUCCUGCUCGCAAUGUCACCAGUGUCUCGCAUAUUUGUACGACGAAGACAUAAUGGCAGGCUGGGCGGCUGAUGACUCGAACCUUAACACCAGGUGUACGGCUUGCGGAAGACACACCGUACCCUUGCUGUCUGUACAGGUAAUACAAACGGGUCAAACACAAGCUGAUACCAAAAGCGUGCCUUAUUUAAAUCCUCUCGUUCUCAGAAAAGAAUUCGAAUCUAUUUUAGGUAGGGAAGGCGACUCUUGUCUAGCGGACCCGGAAUUCGUGGAGUCGCAUCCUAUUGUAUAUUGGAACUUGGUUUGGUUCCUCGAGCGCGCGAACAUUGAUAACCAUCUGCCUGAUUUAUUGAGCCCCAACUACUCAGCCAAGUACCAGAGUUUGGAUCAACUGCCGGAUAUGGACAAACCUACUGGCGUCCGUGUAGUGUGUGAGUGGGAGAGCGCUAGGCCCGCAGAAGGUGAAGCGCAAGCAUUGUAUAGAGCUUGGCGCGGAAGUAGACAACAACCACGAUCGCGGCAAUUGCGGGCGUUGCUGCUAACUGACCACGAUUGUAAUGCGCAUCAAUCGGUGGUAGCGGCUGUAUUGGACGGACUUCUAAGCAACGAUCUAUCCGACGCAAUACGCAGACUGGCUGCGUGGCGAGAGUCCACAUGUGGAAACAAGCGUUACUAUUCUUACUACAGAGACAUACUAUUCCUAGCGAUGGCAGCUCUCGGCGAACAGAACAUCGACUUCCUGGCGCUCCAACGCGAAUAUACGCGCGCGCUCGACCAACUUGGCACUGAGACACGGCCGCAAGACUUGCCUCCUUCAACAACCGCGGCCUGCUGUAGACACUACUUCAAAAGAUUGCGAUUAACUAUACAUGAAAUGUGAUCUAAACUUGAUAUACUUUUUAAUUCUGGAGAAGCAGAUUGGAUUAGCACAUGUACUGUAACGCAAUAAAUGCGUGCCAUUCGCAUUACAGCUUGCUUAAUUUGACCAAACAGUAUGAACUUAGUGUAGGUACUUUAUAUUCAUAUCUAGGAGUUCUGUUACACCUGAAGUCACUGAACAUAAAAGAUCAACAGAACGGAUGUCUGAAGAACGAAAUGUGUAUGCAAAAGACGAUUCGAUUACCACACGUCCUGGUUACGCAAUAUAUGGGUGCCUAUUCCAAUACAGCUUGCUUGCUUCUGAACAAUAUCAUCUUAGCGUACUUUAUAUACUUAUUUAAGAAUAGCGUGUUCCGUACACCCUGCAGUCACGAAACAAAAACGAUCAACAGCAAAAGGCCGUCAAAUAAUGAAAAGUUCUUGUAGAAGUUUUGAAAAAAAAAAAUUACUUUAUGUUUAUGAACAUGAAAAAUGAUAUAUAUAAUUCUUUUCUCUCUUUCGUUUCGCAUUCUGUUACACCUGGUGAAACAAAAGUUAAAAGGUAAAUGACUGACAGUGAAUAGAAUAUAUAUGUCAAAACCGGUUGGAUCACCAUAUUAUGUAACUCGUAAGCAUUAUCACUGUAUAAAUUUCCUUGAAUUUAGUACAUAUGCCGGUUCUAAUUAAGAGUUAUAUUUCGUGAAAGGUUAAAGGUUAAGUUAACUAAGAAGUAGAAAAUAAAUAUUUGUCAAACGUGCGACAACCGUCCAUUACGUUCUAAGCAGGCAAAAUACUAAGGGCUGAUCGUCUAUGCUAUUGACAUUUUACUAUGCUUUGUCAUACUUAAUAUGAUAAUAAUAGCAACGCCCAUAAUUUUUCGUAUUUUCCUCCGUGAUAUAUACAACAGAUAAUGUCGUACUCGAUUGUGCUACAAUAAUCGAUUUUGAAAUCAAUUAAAUCAAAAAUAAUAUAACCGAAAAAUAAAUACUUCUUUUAUAAUCAUAUUAAUUAAUUACUAAUUUAGUAGAAAAAAAAUAUUAUUUUGUCUUAUAAUGCAUAACCAUCCGACUAUCGAUUACAAGUUUUGUGAAUAUAUUAUCGUUAAUCGAAUAGGUUAAUUAACAAAUAUACACUAUGCGCAUUGUCAAAAUUAUCACCCCUUUGACAAAUCAUAGGCACUAAAUGCAAUUUCCUAUAUUAUAUAUCAUAUUCUUCAUACAAGGACUGUCAUAAUUUAAUUAAUAGGAUUUUUUUUAAUUCUAAAGGAUUUAGUGAGUGUGACUAUCUUCACACAGAAAUAUUGACACAGAAUAAAAGCUCUGAGGUAAUAAUAUAAUGUCCUGUUACUUUUCUACUAGAUACUUCAACGAAUAAUACUAUAUUAUAGUUUCGGCACCCGUCCUGUAUCGGGAACAUUGAGAACAUUUUAAUUCUUUAAGAAUAAAAUUUACAGCCGGUGAGGUGCAUCCUAUUUCGCCUAAAACUUAGGAUUCUAGAUAGAAACUAAGACUUGAAUAAAGUUGUGAUUUUAUGGAUGUAUUAUGGUCUAGCUUAUAGGAAAUUUUGCCCCAAUAUGUAUCUACGAUUUAGGAGAAUAAUAAUAAUCGGUAACUCACAUUGGAGGUACGUACCAUGCUGGAUCGAAGCUCUGUUAUCCUGUCCCUUAUGAGAGAAAACCUGUGUCCCGCCUUGAGGAUUCAGAUGAAGAAAGGCAUGUUUAUUCAUAUAAAAAAAUAUAUUAUAGUAUGUAGAAACCUUAUGUUUCAAAAUGCAUACUAUCAGCGUGUGAGAUAUUCUUCCUAUCUAACUACGAUAUGUGUGAAAUUUAACAGCGCCAUCUAGUGACAACUGUCAAUUUAGUAUUGUCAUUUCACGCGAGCUUAGACAUGACGUAUGUAGAAGAUCUCACACUAAGCACUCUGUAAGUAUUACAACAAUUAAAUAAUUGCUGACAGAAGUUCGAAGCAAUGAAUUAGAUCAAAACAAAAUAAAAAAUGUACAUAAUAUUAUUGUGGUGGGUUUAUUUUUAGCGCGUACAACGUAUCCGAUAUGCAUGUAUCGAGGGUGCUAAUGCGAAACAGACUGACUUUUUAGUCGCUAUCCUAAUUUAAUUUCUUUGGAUCUUUGGUGAAAAUAUUAAAAUAGUGUAUUUUUUAUUUUGUCUCGAAAUAAAAUUACAUUUGCAGACACAAAGUAUCUUGCGCGCGGCAAGAUACUUAGUGCUGUUGACCACAGUGACACGUGCUGACGAUCACAGUGUAGUAAAUAAAUAUUUAUCUGUAAAAACUUGAUCUUGACUAGAUUGAAUAUGAAUGUCUUAAAUAAAUUUGGACAGUGGCUAAAUAUCCUUGCUGUACGAUGAAUUGUAACAUUAAAUUGAUUGUACAUAUUUUAGUGUAUAAAUAAGAUUUUAAUAAAUAGCGAUCCGAAGCCGGACUUAGUCUGAGCUAAAUGGGUUGAGUAUGAAGGACUGCAAAUCUUUCACUUGACAAGGAAUGACAGGGGAUACACUUUUCAGAAAAGUUUUUUUUUUAAGUGAGUUUCCUUUUAACAUGUAACAUGGAAUUGGGGUCCUGAAGGAUUAUUCUUGUUUGACAUUGAAAAAUUUAUUGUACCCAUAGAUUGCUUUGGUAGACUGAUUUGCAGUUACUUAUCAAAACCUAUUUACAAUGUGUUUUGUGUUAUAUAUUUCGAGAGCGUACAGAUUUUGAUUAAGUCACGGUUUGAUUUUCAUUGCACACAAUGUAUUUAGCCAUUCCAAAAUUGCACUUAGCUUUGUUAAGAAAUUCUUAUAUCAUUAUGAACAAAAGUAGAAGAAAUUAAUAGUAUGGUCAUAUUUUUCCAUUUUGCAAAUUUAUUUAAACCAUAUUUAUAUACAGGUUGCUUUAAUAAUGGAAAUUAAAUCUUAUAUCUGUAGAUUUAUUUCAAGCUACGGGACAAAAAUAUGUUUCGAUUUCCUUUUUUUUCCCAAGGACCGUUAUGCUCUUCACAGUGUAUCGCAUACAUAAGUAAAUCCUGCAUUAUUAAUCCCAUAUCCAUGUUUAUCUUAAAUCUGUCGUAAUUACAUACCAGUGUUACGUUCAUUAUAAAGUACGUAGCUUGACGCCAUGUUUCCUUAGUCAAAGUUUUUCCUUACUGAUUCUUCAUAAAAACAUAUUCUAUAUUCUAAUAGAUAUAAGUUAUAUUGCAGCCUGUGUCAUGGACACUACAGUCACUAUAUUAACUGGAAGGUCUGUAGCAGAAACGACAUUUGCAGAAAACUGCCUUGUUGGUCUAGGUGUUAUCUUCGACGGUCAGACGAAAUUUAGGUAUUGUGUAUUGUACAAGCCCGGUGUGACAAAAUGUUGUUAUGUUGUCUGCUACCCGUCACUCGGCGGAUACGGAUCGGCGAUUUAGCCAUCGGUCCAAGUUAAUAUCACUAAAAUUUGAUAAUAAUCGUUAAAGCCCACCAACCCGCAUUACAUCAGUGGGGUGGGCUGUUCUUAACCCCCAACCAGCUCUUAAUUCCAGCUUAGAUAGCAUGCACUGAGAGUUUUAUUGUUAGUAUUCUGUACUUAGAAUCUUUUAGUAUGAAAACGAAAGAAUUAAGUAAGUCACAUGCAUCCACCAAAUUAUUUAAGUCAUUAACAAUGUGACUGCCAAAUCGAAAGUAUUCAAGAGUGUCAACAUUGUUCCCCUUAUAAUAUAAUAAAGUUAACAAUGGUUUAUCUAAAAGUAGAAGUUAUUGUGUUAACAGUGUUAUUUUCAUUAUAAUACUUUUGUUGUAAACAAGCUUGCAUUCAUCAACUGUCAUCACAUUAUGCAAUGGCCUAAAAUGAAUACUCAUGACUAACAAUAGUUGAGGAAUCGAAAUACUAUUUAUUCAGAACUGUAGUUUUAGUGGAAUUAUAUGAGUCAGUUAUUAUUAUUUCUUGUAAUGUAUAAGAAAUAUACAUUUAGAAAUUUGUGUUAUUUCUUUUAUGUAUAAAAAUGUAAUAAAUUUAUAUAUGCAAUAUUAUAGAAGUGUUCUUAUAAUAAGUUACGCAAAUUUAUAUGGUAGCAUUUUAUCUAUGAUUAUAAUAUAUUUAUAACUUUUACUAGCGGUUCCCCGCGACUUCGUCCGCGUAAUUGUAAUUGUUUUUCCUUACAAACUUUUAUCCGUUAUUCUACGUAAUAUACCUAGAAACCACCGCGCCGCAUCCCCCGCUCGCGCUAUUACUUAAUUUGCUCGAGUUUUAAGGAGCGCAGCGUGAUGGGAAAACAACCUUUAGUUCUUGAGUUGUAGUUCCAGAGAAUAGCGCGCCCGGACUAUAAACAAAAUCUUCAACUUUAUUAUUAGUAUAGAAAUAGGUUAUUAUUGAUUUACUUUAUUUGACUCAGGUGAUGUUUAAAGCCAUAUUUUAAGUUCAAUACAAAAUGUACAAUGGUGAUUGUCACCUAGAUGUAUUUUUAUAAUAUUUCAAGUAAUUUUAUUAUAUCUUCGUGAACAAGGUAAACAAAAGACAUGCAAUAACUUUCAAUGUAUAAAAUUAAUUUCAAAUUUAUUGUAAUGGACAAGUUAUAACGAGAUGGAUAUAAUUUUUUAUAAAAAAAAUAUAAUGCUUCAUUGAAA